AUGGAGCAUCAGCACUACCAACGACACCAACUUCAGCAGCAGCAGCAGCAGCAGCAGCAGCAGCAGCAGCAGCAGCAGCAGCAGCAGCAGCAGCAGCAGGGAAGAGGAGGAGUGGGGUGCCUGUCUCUGCCUUUAACUCCUUUUUCUCAUCUACAAGUUCACCGUCUUCUUCUGUCUAUUCGUGAUGCGGGUUUUAAUGCAAUUAAGCUAUCUCUCUCUUGGAGCGCGCAUGCAGCGGGGCCCUUUACGUUUGAUUUUAGAGGCCCUCUGGAUAUUAAGGGUUUAAUUGCUGCUGCUGGGGGUUUAGGGUUUUUUGUUUUAGUUGAGGGUUUGCAGCCCUGCGACAUUUACGCUAAACCCUCGCUCCUCUGCAUGCAGCAGCAAGUCCCUCCUUGGCUAUCCCACUCGCUGACGGCUCCGUGGGGCUCUGCAGAGGCUGAGGCUCAGCUGUUGCUGCACGCGCAGCGUUGGAUAGCAGCCCUCCGGAGUUAUCUGCAGCCCCUGGGGCCCUCUAAUGGGGGGCCCCUAAUCGGCUUAGUGCUACGGGGGGGUCCUGCUGCAGAGCGGCUGCUGCAGCUGCCUCUGUACCUAAGCAGCAGCAGCAGCAGCAGCAGCAGCAACAGCAGCAACAGCAAGAGUGGCAGCGUAGGGGAUAGCUCGGCGGGGUCUGCUGCUGCUGCUGCUGCUGCUGCAGCAGCAGAUCGUACAGCAGAAGGAGGGGGG